CGUUGACAAUAAAUAAUAGCUCCGCAUUUAACUCGGUGUCGGAAUACCAUCGGGUACUUUGUUGAUUUGCACGAUUUGCACUUAUUAAUAAGGAAAGAAUGGCUGAUCAAUUAGAAAACACUAAUCCAAAAUUGUAUAAAAAAGUUCAUGAGAGGGAAAUCACAGCUGAGGACGAAGACGAGGAUGUUGUCGAUGACUUUGACUCCCGAGAAAUAUUCGACCUUAUUCGCAACAUCAACGAUCCGGAACACCCUCUAACUCUGGAGGAAUUGAACGUUGUUGAACAAAGCCUUAUAGAGGUUGAUAAUAAGCACAAUAAAGUCCAUGUUAAAUUCACGCCUACGAUACCUCACUGCAGCAUGGCAACAUUGAUCGGUCUCUCUAUCAGAGUCCAACUUUUGCGUGCCCUGCCAUCAAGGUUUAAAGUGAAUGUGGAAAUAACGCCCGGAACGCACGCCUCUGAGACAGCGGUAAACAAGCAGCUUGCAGAUAAGGAAAGAGUUGCAGCCGCACUGGAAAAUAAUCACCUUAUUGAAGUAAUCAAUCAAUGCAUUGCCGCAAAAAUGUAAAUGGUCUACGUCCGCUAGAUGUAAAAAUAAUUCACUCUUACUAGUGAGUAAUGUACAGUUUUGUAUAUAACAUGUAAUACUAGAGUAUAAUUUUGAUGUAAAAAUUCUAUUGGAAUUCAUAUGAAUCAUGGAUGGAGUAAACAAAUGGCAAGUUAUGGCUAAA